AUGCAGCAAGUUUAUGUUCCUAAGAAGGUUGAAAUUCCCAUUGCUCCUUCACCGAAGCCCAAUCCUCUUCCAUCCAUCACAAUUGGCUCUAUGGAGGCGCCCAUCACUAAUGAUGUUGGGUUGAUUGUGAUUGAGGGUUUGGCUCCAGCAGCAACUCAAGAAGAAUCUCCAAGUGUUGUUGCUGAAAUUGAGAAAGAGAAGCAUGCCGAGCGUGAUCCUAAAUAUUUGAAACCAAAGUGGUGUCCUCCGGGGUUGACCAAGACAAAGAGGCAUAAAUUGUAG